AUCGCAAUUUUUUUUUUUUGGGUUUUCCUUUUUGUCUAAGCUCUCGUCAACCUAAUUAUGCCAAUGGGAAUGGAAGGAAAAAGCAAAGCAAAACCUUAUCGGCUUUAUCUUUUUUGAAGUGACCCUUUUUUCCCUUUUAUCAUAUUCAAGAAAUGUUUUACAUUUGUACAAGGGAAAAAAAAAAAGGAAGUUUUGGUAGUAUAUAUGUACAUUUGCCAAUAAAGUUUGUGCUUUGAAUUGCCAACUCAAUGAUUUCCUACCCACAUGCCACAUGGUGAUGAUCUCACCAUGCAUGCACUACUACAAUGCUCGUAUAUCCUGUAUAAUUAUGCUUCAAUAAAUAAUACAUACAUUUAUUCUAAUCAUUCAAAUUAAGAAAAUAAACUUUGGGCUUUGUUAAAGAAACAUCCAAUUCGAUCGAAGAUGAUGAUAAUUAGAAUUUUUCUCAAGUGGGAAGAAAAUAAAAUACAUUACUUAACAAUCUUUAUGCGAUAUUUAGCACAACCUUUGACUGGAGUGGGCUGGUUUUAUAAUAUUAAGAAAUAUAUGCACUCCCUUUUGUUUGUAUGAGUGAUGCAAUGUUAUGUUGCUUUUGAUCCAAUUUGGAUGUCAAAUAUACUUUAGAAUACGAACGUACCCAUAGCUUCUUUUUUUUAAUUGAAUCUAGAGCUACAAGUUGAUUUCUCCCAUGCAGCUCCAGCUGGCGUUACGUAUCAAAUUUGGAAUCCUCGAUGCACAAACAAAACUACUUACAGUUAUUGAAACGGAAUCUAGUUAGCUUAGUUAUUUAUGUACGUCACUACGUGGUCUAUUAUCCCAUUAUUACGUACAAUGUAAAACAAGAAUCAUCAUAUAUAUUAAAUUAUAUAUCUAUAUUACCUGAAAAAGGCUUUGUGAUUUUAAAGAAUUUAUCAUCGAUAACCACCAUCAUUUAAUAUAAUUGGUUGGGUCCGAAUUUGAUCUUUUCGACCGAAAUACGUUCAGAUGUAUUACGUGAUCAACACGACGAAUCUUGUGUCUGGUCCAUUAUUGUCUUCUUUAUUUUCUAUUUGCUAUAUGUAUCCACUGACCGCUCCAUAAAAGAUGUAGCUAUCAGAAAACACAAUUUCGAAUUUGCCAUCUAACCUCUAGCCGCAACAGAAUUAAAGUGCGAUUUGGUGCCUGAUAUUAGGGCAAAUUUCUUAUCAAAAGAACACAUGGUGCAAAUGGUCCACGAUCAUACUACCAGGCAUGGUCCAUGAAACCGUACCGGAGACCGUAUUGGGAAAGUCAGCGGUAAGGUACUUUAUGAUAAAAUUGUGGUUUAAUCGUAGUUCAACUGUUAUACCGGUAAAUACCCCCUACCGAUUUAGCCUCCAAUACUAGUAUUUCGUGGUUGAACCUUCGAUACGAUACGGUUUCAUGGACAAUGCUACCAGGUAGCUAGGUAUAUACACACAAAAAAAAGUAGUAGAAGGUGAUUUAGUAGGAAACAGAAGGGCAAAGUUUUAACUUACUAGAUGGUGAGUCAGCAAAAGGACAUUUGUCCAUCUCCUCCAUUUACACCCACCGAAAUCAAAGACAAUCCACGUCAGAUAGUACACACCAUCCCCAUAAAUAAAAAUCCUCCCUUUCCUCCUCUCCUCUUCACCACCGCCCACACAAGGAGAGAGAGAGAGAGAGAGAGAGAGAGAGAGAGAGAGAGAGAGAGAGAGAGAGAGUUUGUUCUCUGAAUCAUCACAGAAAUAAUGGGUGAAGAAAAGAAGGAGGAAGAGAAGAAAGGAGAAGAAGAAGGGAAAAAGGAAGAGGAGAAUAAGAAGAAGGAUGGAGGAGGAGAAGAAGAGAAGAAAGAAGAGGAACCUCCCCAGCCUCCACCUGAGAUUGUGCUCAAAGUCGAUAUGCAUUGUGAAGCUUGUGCUAGGAAGGUUGCUAGAGCCCUCAAAGGCUUCCAAGGAGUGGAGGAAGUGAGUGCAGAUAGCAAGACAAGCAGAGUGGUGGUGAAAGGGAAAACAGCAGACCCAUUGAAGGUGUGGGAGAGGCUGCAGAAGAAGAGUGGAAGGAAAGUUGAGUUAAUCUCUCCUCUGCCUAAACCACCUGAGGAAAAACCCAACGAGGAAGAACCUCCCAAAGAAGAUCAACCCAAAGAACCUGAGAAAAAGGAUGAGCCUCCACCAGUUAUAACAGUCGUCUUGAAGAUAAGAAUGCAUUGUGAAGCUUGUGCUCAAGGCUUGCAAAAGAGAAUCCGGAAGAUAUCAGGAGUGGAAUCGGUGGAGACAGACAUGGUAAACGGGACAGUGACAGUGAAAGGGGUGGUGGAGCCUGGGAAGCUGGCAGAGGAUGUGUACAAGAAGACCAGAAAGCAGGUCUCCAUAGUAAUCAAGGAGGAAGAGAAGAAGGAAGCAGAAGAGAAGAAAGAAGAAAAGGAAGAUGAAAAGAAGAAGGAAGAGGAAGAGAAGAAAACAACAGAAGGUGAGCAGCAGCAGCAAGAAGAAGAAGGGAAGUCCUUAACAGAGGAGGAGAUGUUGAAGAGUGAGAUCAAGAGAAGUGAGUACUGGCCGUCGAGGAAUUACAGCAUGGAGUACUAUUCUUACCCUCCUCCCCAAAUCUUCAGUGAUGAGAACCCUAAUGCUUGUUCUCUAAUGUAGAUCAUGUUAGGUGGUGUUAAUUUUUAUAUGUGCAAUAUGGUGGUUAUGGUGAUUAUUAUGAGAUGUUAAACUGUAAAAGUACUUUAGUGUUGGAGGGUUUGGUGGGUUUUCUUCUUAAUUAACUUUUUAAUUAGUUGGGUUUUAGUUUUGUACAACCAACUUAUAUAUAAUAAUGGGUAUUCUAAUAAGACAUGGAGUCAUAGGGGGGUUACAACAUGUAUGUAUCAAGCAAGUUACUCUUUGCUUGUCCCAACAUAUUUUGAUAUGUUGCAUCGACACUCUAACAUGGAGUCAUAGGGGGGUUACAACAUGUAUGUAACAAGCAAGUUAGCUCUAGCUUUUUGUUGCAUCGACACUCUAACCUGUGUUUAAUUACCACGCAACAUAAGCAAUUACAAUUGAAUUGUGAUGUCUGAAUAUCCUUGUUCGUGUGACGAAUCUCCUUAUUUUAGUGAUCAAAGACUACAUGUGGUGGUCUUUAAAAUCAUCUGCCAAUAUAUCUUGACUGACAGUUGCUGCUAAUCCGUUUACAACACAAAUUGCAUAUAAUUUUUAAUCUUUUUGUCAGAUCUCUAACUAGUUUUUAAUUUUAUGUUUUUUCCCCAUUACGUACUCUCAAGUGACAUGGUGUUCCAUUGAGGACAAGAGGAUAAUUGUGUGUACUGUGUAUUGUGAUGGCAAGUUUACGGUGGGCUCAAUCCAAGAAGACUUGAUUGGGUUGGAGUGAUAGUGAGGACCGAAACGAGAAGCCCAGUAGUUUUACUUGCUACUAGCCCGUAGUGAGAAAUUUCACGAGCCAAUCCUAAUAUGUCUUGUAUAAUUUUUUUUUAAUUCUUCUAUAAAUAAAUUAAAAUUCAAUUUUAUAUACACUUAUUUAAUUCAUCCAACUAUUGAUUGAUUCAUUUGUCAAUCGCAUUUAAGGAUGAUGAUUGUUUUGUAACUAAUCCUAGACCCACUCAAUCACUUGAUAGAUAUGUUACACCUAAAUUGUACCACCUUAUCUCCACCUAAUCAUAAUUUAAGUCCAUGAUUGAUAUUGAUUGAGCUCAAACAAAAUUAUCAUUCUUAAUUACAUUUGUGGAAUCGAAUAAUAUAUUUGAUAUUUUAUGUUUUGAUCUUAUUCACUCGGCACAAAUAAUUCAAUGUUAAAUGAAUCAUUAUUCAUUAAUAAUACAUUCAUCGCAGCAACGACACGUGCAGGACACAUGAAUUGUGAUAUUUACACAUUUUGAGUGGUAUAUGUGACAAGAGAACAUUGUACGCCAUUGGAAGCAUAAAAGAUCCACAAUCAAACCUUGUAUCGAUCCUUCGUUUUAUUCGAGUAUAUAUAGAACCAAAGGACCACAAAAACACUAGUAUUGUAGUGGUAAUUGUGACACUAGAUAGAAUCAUAUAUUGACAGAUAGAAAAAGUUAUGAAAAUCCAAGAAUCAAAGGGUAAGAGCUACCUAUUGUUGGGUCACUUUCGUGUUUUGGUUUAGUACUUGGUCCUGCAAUGCCUUCUUCGUGCAUGAGAGAUUCAAAAUCUCGCGAGAAAAUCUCAUAUACUUAAGAGGCACAUGCCUUAAGCACUCGACCAAAGCGACCAAUUAUGAUUCAUUUGUACCAUUUUAGUAAAUUAAUUUACUUCUAGCAAAAUGUAAUAAAUUUUACCAUGAGAC